AUGAUGCUUGCCUACUUCCUGUGUGCUCUCUUCAGCUUCCUUGCUGUCGCCGCCAGCCCCGACAGUGUUGGACAGACUCACCAGCUCGCAGAACGCGCCGGUCCCAUCGAAAUUCUUGGCUUCGAGCUUGGCGGCCCCGGACAGGCCGUAUACUUUAUGAAGACUCUUCAGAUCGUUUACAAUCCACAGACUGGCCUUUUCGAAGCAGGCCAACUCUUUGAUGACGACAUCUACCAACAGAUGGACGGCAGAUGCAAGGCACAUACACAGACUGGUAUCCUUUGGUCGACCAAGGACAGCAAAGGCAACAAUGUCGAGAUCGACUUUGUGCUCUAUCAUCACGUGGCGGUGACAGACGGUUUCAGAGCAGUCGGCGAAGAUAGUUACGACGGUCUGAUCUAUUUCAAUGACUCGCAUAUCCCCAUCAGAAUCACCAGCUCGCGCGGUGUCGUUGCCGGCCGCCAUUUGUUCUCUCUCGUCAAUUACGGACCCGGCACCUGGUAA